AAAUGUCAACUUGGCUGGCUGUGUUGAGGUUAUUGGUUUAAAGUGUCAAACUUUGACACAUAUUUGACAUAUUCAAUAUGAAAGUAUAAAUUGUCCUUUUCUUUUAGUUAGACAAACUUUAUAGCAUUCAACCAAAUACCUAAGACUUUAUGACUGAGUGACUGUAGUUAUGGCAGACCAUACUCCUGAAAGUGAUUUAGGGAGCAUAGAAUGUUUUCAAAACUACACUGCUCCCGAGGUAUUCGUCCAAGGCCUUGCAGGAAUUGUUGAUCAGCAAGAUGUUGAGGCCAUGAUUAGGGCUCAAAAACAAAUGCUUCAGAGAUUUGAGAAAACAAAUGAAAUGCUCUCAAACUGCAACGCUUUGUCGAUGAAUCGCUUCAAGGUUGCAAGCACAGAGCUCAAAAAACACACUCAGUUGUUAGUCGAGAUGAGGAAAGACUUGGAUACUGUUUUUAAACACAUUCGAAUUAUCAAGGGGAAACUAAGCUCCCAGUACCCACAAGCUUUCACUGCCCCCAAAAAAACCAAUUCUGUAGAUGACGAAGAAGAUGCAGCCAACAAGUCAAACUCCAAUAAGCCUAAAAUAUCUCGCUCCGCAGAAACAGUCGCUACAGUGCAGGAAAACUUUUCUGAGAAGAACGACAACACAGUUACUCCUGUGCAAGAAUCUGCUAAAUUGGAAGAGGAGGAGGAAGAAGAACACACAUCAGAAACUCGUCGUAAGACAUUGAAGAGGUCUAACAGUUCAUCAAGCGACAGCAAUGACGGAAACAGUAACAAUGAUUCCUCUCCCUACACUUCAGAUACUGGAUAAAUGAUGAAACCCAUUGAAAUUGUAUUUAUUUUUAUUGAUUAUAGGAGUAAAAAGUUUGAAUUUAAAACAAUUAACCAACACAUUAGACUACACUGGCCUAUUACCUAGAAGGAUGAAUCACUUGAAUCACAUGAAUGUGAUAACUUAUCACCUAUUACUUUAACGACAACAAUAUAAUAAGUAUCCGAGUUGGUUUAUGAGUUUUAAUACAUCCAAACAAUAAGCUGAUUUAGCAGACUGAUACUGUAAUUAUUUUAAUACCCUACUUUGGAUGUACUUUUUAUUAUACUGAGCAAACAUUUGAUUAAUUCUCCAACACAAUCUCUGAGGUAGAAAAAGUUAAUCCAAUUCAUCUAUUUACCUUAUACUAAGAUUCUGGAAUUAUAUAGGCUACAAGAUUCCAGUAGACAUAUUUUUAAUGGAUUGAAUGGAAGAGUCGACAUUUUUCUUAGAGCAAUUUUGUUAAAUUUAAAAGUAUGUUACAGAGUGUACACUGAAGUCUACAAAAAGUCAAAAGGCCUAAGACUAAUAUUACAGAGUUAUCUCAAUUUAAAAAGUUAAUAUAAUUAUCAAUUUGGAGAGUUAUCGAGAUCAAUCUGAUAGUUAUGUGGUAAUAUUAUCAAUAUGAGUUGUCUUUGAUUGUUUAAUUGUUUUCUUAGCAGCUUCUCAGAAUCUCUCAUUUAAAAUAAAACUAUCCCCUCAAAUCGCUACUUAUGUAAUCCAGCGUUGUUUUUGUUAUAAUUUUAUAUUUUUAAGCUUGCAUUUCUAUAUUAUAUUGUAACCAUGAUCUCAACGUGAUUUUACUUGUAUGUUUAUGA